AUGGCAACUUUGGUGAUCAACGCGGCCAUCAUAGUCACCCAGAACGGUCUUCUUUCACACGGACGGUGCUUCGCCGCAGUCAAAUCGACUCAUGGGAUGAUUAAGGUCAGAUUAAAUCUUUCCAGACCCUUGACCGUGGAACCUGGACAGUAUAUCAAUCUCUGGAUUCCUUCCGCAAGCUUCUGGGCUUUUACGCAGGCACAUCCAUUUGUGGUCAUAUCUUGGGAGGAAGUCCCACAGACGGCAUUAGACCUUUUCAUCCAGCCGCGUCGUGGAUUUACAAGGAAUGUUGCUAGCCUGGCGAGUCCAACCGGUCAACCAAGUUCUUGGUGGGCCGUGUUCGGCGGCCCUUACGGGCAAAUUCUGGAGACGUAUGGAUUUGAAAAGGUCUUGAUGGUUGCCAACGGAGCUGGUAUUGCCGCGCAGAUCCCGUUCCUGCGAAAACUCAUUCAUGGCUACCACGCUCGUCAAGCGUUUACUCGUCGGGUCCACCUCGUAUGGCACAUUCACGAUAGGGAUAUCGGUAUUGCUGCAGAAACUAUGUUGAAUGAAGCUCUAGACGAAGACAAGCUAGCAAGUGGGGGAGUCAGUUGCUCCGUGCAUGUCUUGUUGAUCACUGACGUGGACUAG